AGUUGCUUUUCCUCCUAAGGGUGCUAUUGGGUGCAUAAGAUGAACCCCGUGAUCACGUCGUCCGGUGGCAUGCAACCGAUCAUUGCCGAGUACUUCAAGCUGAUCCCGUUCUAGCCGUUCUAGGACUAUUCGGUGCUCGUGCACAAAGCAUUGUGAGCUUAAAAUAAGCUAAAAGCAGACGAGCAAAAAAAGGGCCGAUAAUAAUCGAAAAAAAAAACACCAACCACCUCUAGAACGCCGUUUGCUUCCUGUGCAUUCGUUUAUGGCUGUGAUAAAUAGCUGACAAGGAAACCGCGGAAAGUCGCCUUACAUUCGCCCAUCGCCACCGUACGGAAAGACAAAGCGCACGACUUUGUUCGCGCGAAUGUGAAUAGUGCUGUGAAUAGUGUUAAGAAGCGGUUCCCCUUUUUUUUUUGGUGCCAUCAGGGAAACAAGACUGCGAAUUAUAUGCUUGCUCUUCCCGUAUCGGGAGUCGUUAAAGUGCUGAUCGUUUCGCAUUCAAAAUGACGGGCAAAGACACGGUCGUGCUGGUCGACAAAGACACGGUGCCGAAGCUGACGUCUACCAACACCACCAGCGAGAAGGUCCCAAUGGUCACGCUGGCCACCGUUGAAAGCCAACCGAACAAGGCGGCCGAACGGGGCAAGGCCAUACGUCAGGUGAUAGCCGCCUUUAUCGCCAACAUCGGUACGAUCAACACCGGGCUCAUCUUUGGGUUUUCGGCCGUAGUCAUUCCUCAGCUGCAGGCUCCGGAUUCGCUCAUCCCGGUUGAUGAAAGCCAAUCGUCAUGGGUUGCAUCCUUAUCAGCGAUCGGUACGCCGAUCGGUUGCCUGCUAAGUGGUUACGUAAUGGAUAAUUUUGGACGUAAGAAAGCACUGAUCGUAACCCAGAUCCCGACCAUCAUCGGUUGGAUCGUAAUCGCUUGUGCGUCAAACGUGGGCAUGCUGUACGCCGGACGUGUCCUUACUGGCUUCGGUUCUGGCAUGGUAGGUGCACCCGCUCGUGUCUACACUUCCGAGGUAACGCAACCACAUCUCCGUGGUAUGCUGUGUGCUCUCGCCUCCACUGGCAUUAGCUUGGGUGUGCUGAUUCAAUAUACACUCGGUGCUUUCACCACCUGGAAGACGCUCUCCGGAGUGUCCUUGGUGGUGCCAGUGGCCGCGCUGGUGUUCAUGUUCCUGAUGCCCGAAACACCGAACUACCUCGUGUCGAAGCAAAAGCCUGAAAAGGCCCUCAAGAGUAUGGCCCGGCUGCGUGGUUCCAGUUACAACAUCGAGCGUGAGGUCGAGCAGCUGAAAACGUUCGCAGCCAAAUCGAACGCUAGCGGCAAAAAGAAACUUAGCUUCCACGAAACCGUCCAGGCGUUGGUGCAUCCUUCCUGCCUGAAACCGUUCUGCAUCCUGACGAUCUACUUCAUGAUGUACCAGUUCAGUGGCGUCAACACGAUCACGUUCUACGCGGUGGAGAUCUUCCGUGAUUCCGGCACCAAGAUGGACAAAAACACCUGCACGAUCAUGCUGGGUGUGGUUCGGUUUGUUUUCACGAUCAUCGGUGCUGUUUUGCUGCGCCGUUGUGGCCGUCGUCCACUGACGUUCAUUUCCGGUAUUGGCUGCGGAUGUACUAUGGUUGGAUUGGGUCUGUAUCUGUACUUCAAGCGCCAGUGGGAGCUGGCUGAUCCACCGAUCGAACCGACCGCCACCUGGAUUCCGGUCGCGUGUAUCUUCAUCUUCAUCAUCACGUGCACGUUGGGCUUCCUGAUCGUGCCGUGGGUCAUGAUCGGUGAGCUGUACCCGAUGAAGGUGCGUGGUCUGGUUGGUGGCUUUACCACCUGCAUGGCGCAUAGCUUCGUUUUUAUAGUGGUCAAAACAUAUCCUUUGCUGACGCACGUCAUCGAACGCCACGGAACGUUCCUUGUCUACGGAUGUUUCUCCUUCGCCGGUACCGUCUUUUUCUACUAUUGCCUGCCGGAAACGAAGGGCAAGACUCUACAGGAAAUUGAGGACUAUUUCUCGGGUCGCAUUAAAACGCUUAAGAAAUCGAAUGACCCCGACACGCAGAAUACCGACGGUAAGCCACUGCUGGUGAUCAACGGUGCCAAACCAGCGGUGAUUUCGCCUGAAAAGAACAAACUGUUCCCGUAACGUCACAAAAGCUACGUGCGCACAUGUUGUCCGUUUUAGCAGGAUCAUGAACCGGGGCUCGCCUGUGAGUUUGUUAUUUUAACUUUGUUCCUAUAUUUAAAUCGCGUCACCCCGUCGGUGAACGAUGGAUGCAACAUAUAUGGUUUGCUCCAAAUUGAGAUCUGAGUGCAGACUGCAGCCACAAGCGAGUGCGGGAACGUUUUUGACGAAUAGGUGGAUUCGUAGUUUGUAGGCUUUCCUCAUGUCUAAUUUACUUAAACUUGUGUGCGCUCGUUCCAUUCAGUCAAUAAGCAUUAUUUAAAAAUAUAUAUGUGUAUUUUAUACAAAAUAGAAUAGAACAGAAUAAGGUAGAGUGUACGAAUACACAGUAUAACUUAGCGGUUAAUCGAACGGUUUCAGUAAGCAAAAAAGACGCAUCGAUCAACAGCUUAAUUCCUAUGGCCAGUUGCCAGUGAUCAGCGAGCGUAAGAUGUGAAAGCGUAGGCUCUAGUGUUACUAAGUAGCAGCAAUAAUGCAGAAGUGCAAAAAAACACAGUAAAAUACUGUUGAUGAUGAUUAUAAGAUUGUGUGCAAGGAUCGCAACAGUCUUGCGUUAGCAUACUUGCAAUGGUUGCACGUUGAAAAAACAAGGAACUAAUGAACACACCACCAGUGCCUAGCGGAAGGUAUGAAGAGUAGAUACAUAAUAAAAUAUAUAUACAUAUAUAUAUAU